AUGGAGUUGCGAUGGGGAAUUCGAGAGCGCCUGCUCCGAAAUGCUGGUUUUGGAACACUUGCGGUAGGAGGGAAGGUUCACAGAAUGUGGGUAUUCGACGAUCUCUGUUGUCUCGAGACUGGACUGAUCGCUGAGAAGCUCAACGGUGGAAUCCAGAACGGGACAGGUGUAGUUGUCAGAAAUCCAGUGGGGCGGGCAUGUUUGCCGGGGGCAGCCCGUGAGGGGCUGAACGUUGCGUUCGAAUAUGGCCGCGGGGGCACGUCAAAGGUCAUUGAGAGCCUUCAUAUGCAGAUCGACGGGCUGAAGGGCCAGCUGGACGACACACAGGCAGAGCUGGACGAGUUCAAGCGGAAGCUGAGUGUGGUUGUAAAACACAACGAGACACUUGCAGAGAAGCUGUCGAGCGCGAGGCAUCAAAACGAGGUGUCUGAGAGUCUGCUGAGCCGCAAAGAGCGCAAGGUGCUCGAUUUGGAGGCACAGCUCGCUGAGGCCUGUUCUGCUGCCGACCGGUGGAAGUUUGAGGAGGACUCUUUGCGAAGGAAGCUGGCCGCUAUGCAGGAGCAGGAAAGCAUGAGCACUGUGGAGGCCGAGCGGCUGCGCGCGUCCUACGAUGUGAUUGUGGAGUCUCAGAAGGAGUACAAGCUGCGCACGCAGAUGGAAGUUGGCGAUCUGAGGCGGCAGCUGAAGCGAUUUAUUCAGGAGAGUAGCACCCGCUUGGAAAAAAAUAGAGAGAGUAUGGGAGGGGCCACUGUGUUCCUGGAGGAGAGCUACAAAGCUGCCAGGACGCGCAGCGAGCACCUUGCCGCUGCGUACGAAAGAAAACAGGCCCAUAUCCAGGAGGCGCUGAACAUGCUGGAGGCCAGCGUAACGAUACAGGAACAGAACACAAAGGCCACUCUUGCUGAGUGUCAGGAGGCACUGCAGCAGCUGAAACGGACGCGGUCCAGGUACGCGGUUCUCACGGAGUCCAACAGCGAGAAGGAAAACCGGGAGCCGCCAACAUAG